AUGACAGUCUUUUCUUCUUCAUCCUUUUACCCGAGAGCGCAUGCUUCGGUUGAGGAAGUGAUGCUUUAUCAUCGGAAAAGAAGACAUAGACUGGCUAUUCUUAACACUGUGGAGGAAGAAAUUGAAGAGUUAAAGAGCAGACGUAAUAAGGAUGAUGAUAUUCCCUUAUGGAGGCAGACUGAGACCAGAUUUACAAAAGUUUUCUCUACAAAGAAGACAUGGCUCUACAUGAGACAGGAGCAACCAGUAUGUACUUGGAAUAAAGGAGUAUGGUUUUCACAAUCUACUCCCAAAUAUUCUUUCAUGUUAUGGGUGGCUGUGAAGAACAGGUUGCAAACCUGUGACAGAAUGAAGAAGUGGAACACAUCUAUAAAUGGAGUUUGUGUGUUAUGUCAAGAGGAAGAGGAGACUUGUUCACACUUAUUCUUCAAGCGCAGAUACUCGGGGAAAGUUUGGAAGUCAUUGAUAGGUGGGAUUAUGAAGGGAGCUUUCUCUCUUGAAUGGAGUGUGAUUGUGGAAUUGAUUUCCCAAUCAAGUUCUAGUUUCACACCCUCUGAAGUAUUCAUUAUCAGAUAUACUUUUCAAGCGUUGCUACAUAGUAUUUGGAGGGAGCGCAAUGCUCGUCGGCAUGGAGAGCAACCAAGAGAUGAAUUGUUGCUGAUUAAAUGGGUUGAUAAAGUGAUAAGACUGAAGCUUCUUGCUGUGAAGAGACUGGGCAAAUAUACCUUGAGGAAGGCUUGA